UAGUUGGAAUCGGAAAGAAUCAGAAUUUAGUUGAUAAUAGUUGAUAUUUUACGUCACAGUUGUCACACACGGUCAAUCUUAAAUUUUAUCCCGUAUCGAAAUAAACAGUAGCGGAAAGUAGGCCAUGGCGAAUGAUAGUCUAUUUUAUUCGUUAUUAUUCGGUGCAACGUUAAAAAAGUCGUGUUUAAGUCAUCAAUAAAAUAAAAUUAUGGAAAUUGUGGACGUAGAGGACGGGCAAGCCGAUCCUUCGGCGGUAACAAGAAAGAAAAGUUUAUGGGCUAAAAUAAACAACAGGACCACAUAUAGUUAUUUAUUUAAUAUUGUUAUUUCAAUAUUAUUACUUACGUGUCUAGUUCUAGUGUUAUAUUUCUUCAAAGAAUAUUUGAAGAAUAUUUUAUAUUGGGUGGACGCGCAGGAUCCCAAAAUUAUAUUUUUGUUAUUUAUGGGACUAUUUUUAAUUGUAAGUUUCCCAGUGACGAUCGGAUAUUUAGUGCUUAUAAUAACCAGUGGAUAUUUAUUCGGUAUUGUGAAAGGCUUAGGAACUGUUGUGGUUAGUGCAAACUUUGGUGUAGCUGUGGCACAUUUCACGUUAAAAUUGUUGAGAGGAUACUUGCCUCUCGACCGACUACUGAAGAACGAGACGGCGAGAGCUCUUCUCAAAGUGAUAUCUGGGCCUCAAGCGUUUAAGAUAGUUUUUUUUGCGAGACUGACGCCAAUUCCUUUUGGACUUCAGAACACUAUUUUCGCAGUAAGUGACGUUCGAGGUUGUGGUUAUCAUUUGGCAACUCUCCUGGGUCUCCUCCCAGCCCAGGUGAUCAACGUGUAUCUCGGGUCGACGCUGCGGUCCAUGCACGACGUUCUGCAUGAAUCGCACUUGACUGGAUAUAUCGUAUUUGCAUUCCAGAUACUAAUCGGCAUAACGCUCAUGGUGUGGGUGGUACAGAAAGCGCGCAAGGAGCUGACGAUCGCCAUAAUGGCGGCCGAGUUGGGACGCGAUACGUUGUCGACGAGCAGCUCGUCCAGCUAGCCCACCGCCCCCACCUCCGACGUGGACAGCGGCAGCGACAGCUAGGGGCGGGCCACCGGGUGUUGCACCCAGCAAUGUGAGACUUAUGUCUGACAUAAAAGGACUAAAAUUCUACGUCGUUUCGACUGGUUUACUAAAAUCUCAAGUUGCCGUAGCUUUCGCUUUAGUCGUUGCCGUUGACGUCGCUCAGGUGAUGCAUAAAUAAGGUACUGUUCUGAGUCGGCAGUUAUGACCUUUACCGUAAUAUAAGACGUAAAUUUAAGGGGAUAAGGUUCACAAUUCCGUAGCAAUGGGUUCAGCGAAAUGUCGAAUCUUAGCUAAAAUAGCUAGUCACAUCAGACUUGAAUAACGGUGGCAGCGAAUCAGCACGAACGUGCUCUAAUGUGUGACCUAAUUAUAAAUGUAUAAGGUCCACAAUCCUGUGAUAUUAACGUUACGUUCGUAGAGGAGUAUAGUUGGGAAAUAGAUAUUGUGAAGAUUUUAUUUUGUAAGUAGAACUUUUUGUAAUCUAUCAGAACGAUAUGCAGGCAAUAAUAAUAUUACAUUUUUCCUCAUAGAAUAUUUUCUUGACCUAUUGUUACAGUCCUAGGUACAGAAUGACGUAAGUGUUGUAUAAACAAUAUUAAUUGCAAGUCUGUAACGAAGUGGAAAAUGUAUUGUAUAUAAAAAUGCGUCAAGUGCUUAUCAUUCUGACAGAGUUAUAUUUAUUCAAUAUAAAUUGUAUUACAAUUUACAAGUUUAUUUUCGCUGAUAACGUGCUCUGAUGCGGAAAUCUCAAUUAACAUUUAACGAACAUUUAUUAAUACAUAUAAUAUAUACUUUCUCUUUGUAUUUGUCCUGCCAAUUCUGUAUGUUAAAAAUAAAAAAUUGAAUGAUUUUCUUUCAUCGUUAUUUUUAAAUCGAUAUUUCUUAUUAAAUGUUUCAUUUCGUGAACAUUUUUGACAACAAAGACUGUUUUAUUUUAAUAAUGUAUUGAAAACGGAAAUCAAUAAUGCGUCCGUUUCGCAAUCCCUGUGUUUCUUGUAUGGUUUCAUGGAUUUAGUUGAGUAUAUUUGAAUGCUGUCUCGUCACGCAUUCAUUUCGGUUAAAACGUAAAUCCGUUUUAUCAGUAUGAAAAUCUUUCGUGUGGUAUAAAUUUUGAGAAUUACGCUGCGACCUUUACGAUCUUGAUAUUAAACUUUAUUGUACCGCACGAAGGCAAAAUUACAAAUGAAAAUUGCUUAGAAAACCUCAUAUACAUACAACUUAUAAUUAUACUUUCUUUAAUAUAGAAUGUAUAAUAAAAUUUUAUGUGCUUAUUAAAACUUUAUGUUUCUGGUAACCCAUAAUUAAACAGCAAUCGAUUCGGAAGUACAGGUCCUGUGAAGUAACACUUUUGACUUUAAAUAAACAUGCGUCUCAACGCUCCAAGGUCAAUAUUUUGUUUGACUUUAUCCGUUGGAAUCAGUCCAAAAUAUUUCUUUGUUUCUUUUUAAUAUUGUUUCGUUUUAAUGAAAAAAAUAAUAAAAACACAUUGUUAUUGCCUUAUAAAAUUAAGAAAAAAAAGUUUACGCUUUGACAUACUGCUGUGUAACUAUUAAAUUAAUUUUAAAAAACAAAGUUUGAUAUUCGUUUUGUAUGUCGUUAAACUCGAUUCUAUUUUUAACUUAACUUGUUAAAUAUUCAGUUGUCUUUAAUCUGAAGUGGCGAUGAUCAAUCAAACGAUAAACCCAUAUUUGGCGUUUUAUGAAGCACGUGGAGUUACGUAUUUAUAUUAAUUUAUCAUUCACGUUAUCAGCACCACGCAGAUAAUCGCUAGAUAAACUUACAAUAUAGUUGGAAGGUCAUAUGUACGCCGUAGUUUAAGUGUGUUAAUUGACGUUUUAACAUUGGCACGCCGAUAUUGUGUCUUGAUAAUCUUUCUAAGCAAAUAAUAAUAAAUAACAUUAAAAAAAUAAAACUUUUACAUUUUUAAUAAUUUCAAUUUAAUCUGUGGACAUCGAUGAUGUUGUCUAUAGGCACGUUAUGCACAUUAAAAAAAAAGUCUUAUUACAGUAUGAAACAAUUGUUCUUGUCUCAUCUUUUUCAUUUGCAACGAAUAUAUGAGCAAUUUAUAUGUAUAUUUUAUAAUGAUUUUUGGAAGGCGAGCAAACAAAUGUUCCACUUGAUAGAAAUGUGAUAAAAAGUUUACUUCACUUCUAAAGUCACCAAUGCAUCGCGAACUGUAAGAUAUAUAAUGUUGUCUCUUUUUAUAAUAUUACUCCGGUUCAUUCACGCUUCAACGUAGACAGAGGCAUGCAAUAAAUAGUAUCGGUAUUUUGUCGUCCACCCAAGCAGUUCUAUAGCUCUACCACUGGUUGCAACAUUACUUUCAUUUAAUAGUGCAUUACAAAUGUUUGCGACGUAUAUUAUCCGCUUAAAAGGUUUUUGCAUCGAUCAUGUCUUAGCAUACCGUAUCUCAAUCGGUCGAUACAAAACGACAUUUUUCUCAGGACGGUUAGAGGUGACGCACUGAAAUAAAUGUCGAAUACUUUACGGUUACGUCCUUGCCAGUGUAAUAAACUUAAAUUUCUUCGUCAAUUCAAGUAAAAGCUACAGUUAUUCGUAUCAAAUAAUUUUAUAAACGAAAAUCUACCAAUCAAAUCUGGCGCUCAAAAAUGUCGCUGAUCGAAGUAAUUUACAAUUAUAUAACAAACAUGAUGAUGGUGAUCGUCGCUAUCAUGGUGAUUUUAUCAUACUCUGGUAUAAGAUGCCUAUUUAAUUCAUAUAAUUUAUUAUUAUAAUUAUGUUGACAUAUUAAGUUUAAUAAUAACAUAACGUUUCUAAAGAUACAAUUGUCAUUGAUGUUAAAUAUUUUUUAAGCGUUACAAAACGGAAAAUUAUUUAUUUAUUAUUAUUUAUUCCAAUAACCUAUAGAACGAUCUGGUGUUCCAUCAAUAUUUCUUCCGUCUCCUAUUGUUAAAAUUUGUAAAUAAAUGUAUUUUUAAUGUUGACCUAAUCAAUCCCUAUGUAACAUUUCCAUUGUUCCCUUAAAUGUCGGUUCUAGUCCUUUAAAAAAAUAAUAUUUUUUUUUCUGUAAAUUCACCUCGCUAUCGUUAAUUUAUAAUUUAAAACGGAUUAUACGAAAUAUUUUUAUUAUUAUUUUCAUGUAAGUUAUAUGCCUAUUAUAUAUAUCUAUGUAAGUUAAUACAACAAAUAUUAUUGAUGUAGUACCUCAAAGCUAGAUAGUUAGAAUAUCUUAUUGUUGUCUGUCAUUAUAUAUAAUGCUAAUAAAUAGUAAUCUGUGUAUUGAUGUAAUAAGAAAAAAAAAAGAAAAUAUUUUUCAAAAAUUUAUCCACAAAUAAUAUUAAUUUUCGGGAAAUGUAUGUAGUUACAAAAUAGUAUUAAUAAUGUUGCCAAAUUAUUAAAGGUCAUGGUCGAAAGAGCUAACUCUACUAAGACUGUAAACAAAAGAUCCUUAAUAGUUGAUACUGUGUGUUGUUUUUUUUUUUUUAAUACAGAUAAAAAAAUAAAUUUAUAGGACAGAUCCAAGAGUAUUUAAAAUUGGGACCACUCUCUUCUUUAAAGAGUAAUAAUUUUUUUCGCAUUAUUUAAUCGUAUAAAAAUACCGGCCACCUAAUUAAGUAAAUGGACUAAACAUUCGUUAUUAAUAGAUUAUUAAUUAUUUUAUUAUAUUCAAUAUUUUUGCUAUAUUGAAAUUAAAAAAGCUCUUCUGACCAUGAUUGUAUUCUGAAAGUAAUAUCUUGUGUACAAUUGAUAAAUAUACAAAAUAAGAAUUGUAAAUAAUAUAAAAUUGUUUAGCAUAUAUUCUUAUAAUAUAUAAGAUCAGGGAGGUUUUUUUUUUUAAUUUAAAUAGAUUUCUUGUCAUUGCAUUUAGUCAUCAUGGAAAGUUUACAUUAAAAAUUCUGCAAUAAUUAAACUUUUUGAUUUAAUUGUUAAUUUAUAAUUUUAAUUAUAUGAAAAUUGUCUUUAGAAAAGUCAAGUCAGUCACAAUGUAAUUUUUGUUUUAAUAUAUAUUUUAAUAUGGCUUGUUUUAUAUUUAUUAUUUUGUAAACUUUCCACUUUCUUUCAAGAUCUUGUGUAAUAAGAUAUAUGGAAUAUUGUAAAAGAUAUGUUAGAGAAAAAUAAGGUUUACAAUGUUUUUUAUUGUUAUAAUUUAUUCGGAAAAUUUAAAAAUAUAUAUUUUAUUUAUUUUGUAACAUAUUGCUCUUUAAUCUAAAUACUGAGCAAUGUAUGUUCGACGUUGCUUAAAAUUCGUAAAGAGUUUUUAAGGAAACAGGUAUUGAUGAAAAUUGAAAAUCAUAAAUGGAAUGUCUCAAUGAAUUUGUUAACACUUGAAGUAACAUAAUGAAACUGGUUAUAGUUUUUAAAUCAGAGUGCAAUAACUUGUGAGAUAUUUGAUCUCAACAAUUUUUUCCUCUUAUUAAUAAAUAUAUAUAUUUUUAUAUAAUUUGAUCUUCCUUUAGACAUCUUGAAGACUGAUUUUGAAUAACAUGUUAAAAUUGAAUUAAUAUUUUUCAUUAUUUUCUAUCACUUCACCGAAAUUCAUAAAAUCACCUACAGUUUUAUGAGUAAUUACUGCUUUUAUUAUUUAUUUUUUGUUAGAAUAUGUUUUACUAGUGCCAUCACAGUUCCACGUGAAGUUUUUAAAACAACAAAAACAUAUUUAAAAAAAACAGUGCCAAAUUAUCUCUUAAACUUUAUAUAAUUUGGCGAUUCUAUUAUAUAGGACUUCCUAGUUCCUACCCAGAGUAAAAAGAUAUUGGGAGGUAGCGUUAGUUUCUUCUCAAGAAAAAUACAUUGGAAUGAGAAGCAACAAAUGUUAUCACAUUACAACUUACAUAUUUUUUUAUAACACUGUAAUUUUUUUUAAUAUUAUUUAAGAAGGCGUGAAAUGGUUUGAAUCCCUUCCAGUAAUAUUCACCACAUGAAAAAUAAUAAUGUAAUCAUGUUACCACUAAAAUUAUGUUAAAUGAGUGCAAUUAUAAAUUUCUUUACAUAAGUAAAUAAUAUUUAAUCAUGCGUAGUUUUGUUUUGUUAUUUCAAUCACUGAAUAUUAUCAGCCUACAAUUAAACGUGUUAGGUCUAUAAAGUUCAAUUUAAUAGAAUUUUUUCAAUACUCUUUUUAUUAAAUUAAAAAUUAUCGGAAAUGUUACACUUUAACACUCGAUAAUUGCUUGUUACAUUUAAUAAGAAUAAAAUAUAGAUUAACGGCACAGAUUAUAUAACACUUAAUAACUAAGUAGUAAAAAGGAGUUUUUAUACUUUUUUGUGUCGUAUAAAUUUUAUUGAAAGGAACUUUUGGGUACGUAUAUGACAAGACAUAGCGAACAAUGGGUAGGGCCUAAUGUUAAGACUUGUCCAUCAGAGUAGGUCACCAUGAUUUUUUUUUGUUAUAGAAUAAGAAAAUGUAUUAUAGUACCUUAUUUAUUUGUUAAAUUAAUUAAUACAAUGUUAUGAUGUAUAAUCCUUAAUAUCGAUUUACUGAUAUUAGAACAAUGCUUAUUAUAAUAUUUUAAUCCCUUUUACAAGUCCAAUCAUUAAAUGUAAUUAUGAACUGCAAUAUCACGAUCAUUUCUUGAAGUCUGCUUGGUGUAUUUAAUUUAAAACUAUAAAAAAGUCAAAAACUAAACAAUCAUUUUGAAUUUCUAUGUGUGAUGCUUUAAAAGCUAAAUCUAUGCUCAUACUCCUAAUGUACCUAUUUAAAUAUUUUUAUAUUAUAAAACUUAACCUAGUGUCUAUUAUUAUUGUGCAUUUAUUGGAAACGAAUUUAUUUUGAGUUGUUUUAAAUAAUAUAUCCUAUUAUAUUUGUGACUCACAUUCUGUCAUUUAUGAAAAAAAUAAACAAGCCUUAC